AUGACUUCCUCAAAAGAACCGCUUUCACCCUUGUCGCUUUCUAGAGAGCGCCCUCCGCGCACGAUGAACGAUCUCCCACCCGAGAUCAUCUGGAAUAUUUUGGAGUAUCUCUCAACGAAGCACCUCAAUGCUAUUACCUCUGUCUCACAAAGUUUCCGAGCAAUUGUCACGACAAUACUUGAGUACCGCCUACACCAUUUUCUCAAACGCGAAUACGAUAGUGUUUACCUGCGCGUGGGCUGGUACACACCAAUGAGAGAGAAGAAGGGGGUCAUUACAUGGGCCCACCAGGGGACUGUGGCUCUCGUGGAUGAAAAGAAUCCGUGUGAUUCACUGAUGCCCUGUGUCAGGCAAUCAGCAUCUGUUCAAGAGCCGACACAGGCCCAGGAAAAUGCCUGGUACUCAAUUUUCCACCCGGCUGGUCCCCGGGGAGAUCCCUGGUUCCGACCAGGUACAUUAUGGUGGUCUGAUGAGGAUGGCAUGGACGGUUACACGACUAACUUGAGAAACUACUGUGAAGAUGAUAGAGACCUCGGAGAAGAGGUUACACUGGAAAGCUACGAAGACUUUGUUCAGUUUCGACUCAGGAUGUAUUUGGCCGAGCGGACUGGCCCCUACAAGGCGUUUAAGAUCGAGAACAAAAUGAUCAGAAUCCCCAAAGAGUUUUUAAGCCAAUCGAAUGACAAAGGCCGACAUAUCGGUGAUCCGGAGGCUCAGGAUAACCCUGAGCUAUUCUGGGUCGACAGCCAGAAGACAAUUGGCCUUCAGGUGAUGGUCACACAAGAUCAGGAGAAUUACGGAUAUGAGGACUGCACUGGAACAGUCAAAUACUAUGUGAGCCUGUCGGCAUUGUGGAUCCGGACCCUCAGGCUCCUACAAGAAGAUGAGGUAGCUGAGAAGCAUGCUAAAGACGGACACCCACCAAUAACAAUCCUUACUGCGCGAUGA